AUGAGGAAGCGCCUCAGCUGCCGUGCAGGGCUGCCCCUCUCCCCCCGGACGCCCCCGGGCCCUCCAGCAGCGGGGUCCCCCCGGAGGCCCAAGCGGCACCACGCCCGCCCCUGCCCCGGCCCCGGCCCGCCCUGCUCUGGCACCGGCCGGGCAGGGCCGUACCUCCCUUCGCCGUCGCCGUCACGGCGGGGCGGGCCGGGCCGGGUCCCACCCGCCCCUCCACGCCCUGCAGCCGCCGCCGCCCCCGCCGCGCCCCUGCGAGCGGGUUCGCCGGGGCCGGGUAAGAGCAGCCGGAGCCCCUCAGGGGUGUGGGGGGUGUUCGCUGUCCCCCCGCCCGCCGGGGAAAGGGGUGACCAGGGCGGUGUCCAGCCAACCGGGAAGGGGCUGCCAGGCACGGGAAGCCCGUCAGAGGGCGGCGGGAAGGGCCGCAGCGCCCCGCGGGCCCUCGCUGGGUUCGGGCCGCCCCCCUGUGCCCGGCCCUGGGGCGAGCGGGGCGGCUGCGGGCGGGAAUGGGGUGACGGGGGUGGCGGGGCCGGGGCCUCGGCGGGGGCGGUGUUGGAGCGCGGUGGGUAG